AUGGGCAUCCUGAGCGCGGGGUCGCUCGCGGCCUUGUCCUUCAAAUUGGCGGACCGGGUCGCCGAGCUCGGAUUACAGAACUUUCCAGAAGACGGGCUCCCUUCGGAGGAGAACUUGGCCGUCUUCGAGGCCGCUGGCCGGGUGGCCAAAGAGAAAGGGCGUUUCUUCGUCGGGAGCGCCGAGGGGGAGGACUUGCAGAAGCACUUCCGGCGCUCGUGGUCCAAGCUCCCCCGGGUCGACGUACCCGUGGGGGACGGCAGCUUCCCAGAGCGGCACCGCCAGAUGGCGGAGUUCAAGAAGGCCAAGGGGGCGUGCGAGCUGGACUACCCCUCGUACGCUUGCUUUCAGUCGCACCUCCUCGAUUGGGGCAUGAAGCUCGUGCUGAUGAAGGUCGCCACACCUGUGGACGUCCUGGGCUACACCCUGCUGCUCAGCAAGCUCUGGGAGGAGGGCGGCGGCGCGCGGACGUCGUACCACUACGACAUGCACGCCCGGAGGUCCAUGGCGAAAGCUUUGGAGAAGGGCGACGACCAGUGGAAGCGGUUCAUGCGCAAGCUUGACACCGAGCUGGCGGCCAAGGCGAGCAUCGGCAAGGGCGGCGGCAAGGCCAGCAGCGGCAAGGGGAAGCUGGAUGGCUCUUCGAAGGGCUCUUCCGGGGCUGCUGUGCCGGGCCCGCGGUCGCUGCCCCCGCCCGUGGCCCCGCAUGCAGGGCGGCUGGGGCCAGCAGGACGCCUGGCAACAGCGCGGCGGCUGGACGCAGUCCAAAAAGAAGUGCGCUGA